UUCUAUCUUUUAAACUUUUGUUUUUCUCUUUCAUUUGACAUUUCACGCCCUCUCUGGGUGGUUCUCUUGCGAUGGAUACCUACGCAGAGCCUACGCCUCCGCGCCACCGUGCGCAGACAGAGAUGCAGAAGGAGGUGAACGACACUGUGAGCAGCUGCAUCGAUGAGAUGAAGGUCGAACUACUCCAGAAGCUGCACCGGAUCAUGGAUCCCGUCCGUGUACGGCGUCGAGCGAGUCGUAUCUCCAUCUCCGAAAAGCUCCAAGGCAGAGAGAUUUCCAAAGGCCUGGCGGAAAUGAAGGAGCAAGGCUCCUUGAAUCUCCUUCUACUACCUGGGCCACGCGCAUCUCCUGCCUGCAAGAUGCGGUCUCAGGUCUCACCUGACAAUGACACAAGCGAAAUGGUGGCGCUAGAAGAAUUUCAACGACAAGGAAGCAGUGGGGUCGAAGGAAUUGAGUCCAUCACAGUGGCUGAGGUGAUCUCACCAACGGGGAUGCCAACGGUUCAGGAAGCCAUUUUGGAACACCAUGCUCAUGAACAUCGGAAACUACGUUUACACAAGGCUUGGAAACUGGAAGAAUCACCUCGGCUUCGGACCAGUAACAGCCACAGCAACAGCAACAGCUUCAUCAAAAAUGCAUCCUCCCUAUCGCUGGGCGAAGCAGCAGUGCGCAGGGCGGGAUCAUUGAGGUCAAAAGAGGAAACCUAUCGCUGGUAUGAUCGCCUCACCAUGUCGCAUCGCUCGCAUUUUUGCAUGGUUUGGGACAUUUGGACCUCCAUUGCAAUUGCCUACGACAUGGUCAUGACGCCAAUGGAUGCCUUCACCAUAGAGCUUACCCCAGUUGUGAGAGCCUUGGAACGAACCUCUUCCAUCACUUGGUUUGUGGAUAUGAUUCUGUCUUUUGUGCGCAGCUAUGGCAAACUCAACGGGACUGAGGAACGGCAUUUAAAAGCAACAGCAAUGAGUUACUUACGAACAUGGUUCACUUUCGACUUUAUCUUGGUAUGCUUGGACAUGUUCAUUUUGAUUGCCGAAGACAGCUCAUGGAUGAGAUAUGUGAGCUUCUUGCGGGCGGUCCGGCUCUUCCGCUUGCUGCGGGUCUUGCGGGUGGCCAAGGUGAAGGCCCGCAUUGCCGUGUUGGCUCAGCUAUUGCACAUCCUUCAGACGCAGCGAAUCACCGACCGUGGCUUUCUGAUGCUGAACAUCGCAAAAAGCUUGAUGGUCAUCACUGUGAUCAAUCAUUUUACAGCAUGCCUUUGGUAUGCAAUCGCUGUUUUCAUGGAGGAGGACGACAACAAUUGGGUGGAUCACCACAGCGCACAGCCGGGGCGUCCCGAUUCCUUGGUCUAUAUCUACACCACGGCCUAUCACUGGUCAAUCACGCAGUUGACUCCUGCGUCCUGCGAGAUUUAUCCUCGCUCUUCUCGGGAACGAAUCUUUAACAUCGCAGUGAUCCUUUUCGGGCUGUGCAUCUUCUCCUCUUUUAUUAGCUCCAUGGCUCAGCAGUUGGCUGCUCUUCAGCAGCUUUCCCGGGCUGACCGUCAGCGGAUGCACGAGCUUCGCCGCUUCAUCUCUGAGCACCACAUGUCCGUGGCGCUGGCGACGACGAUCGUCGACUUUGUGCGGCAGAAACGUGGGCCCAUGGCGCAGCGCCCAUUGAAGAUCAGCGACAUCGAAAUCUUCACCGGCUUCCCCACAGUACUCCUUCAGAAAAUCCGGCUUGAAGCGUACUACUUUGUCCUCAGCAAGCACCACUUCUACUACUUCGUUUAUCAAAACGAUCGGGACACUUUCAGCAAGAUAUGCAACAACUGCAUCUUCGAGCAGACCUUGGACAAAGGCCAUGAAGUCUUCAACAGCGGUGAGGAAGGCACGGGGAUGUACUUUGUCUGCCAUGGCAAAUUAUCUUACACUCUUUUCGUGGACGAUGAAAGCUUUGAUCCGACCAGCUCUGAGGACUGGGUGACUUUGAACAAUUUGCUCGAAGGAAGUUGCAGUUUCAUCACCAGUGGUGUCAUCUCAGAGGUGGCUAUGUGGCUUUUCUGGUUUCACAGAGGACGUUUGGCCGGCGAUGGAAUUGUCUCCGAUUUGCUCUUCGUGUCGGUGGACCCUUUCCGCGAGGUGAUCAAGACGACACCCCUGAUUCAAGAUGUGCGUCUUUAUGCCCGGCUCUACGCAUUGCGUGCAUUGCGAGCAGGAAAAGAGGGGCACAUGCUUGAUGACCUUUGGCAUGAGGAAGAGAUGAUUGAGGAGAUUAGUCGGCUUUCCCUACAAGGUGGCCUAGAACAAGCUGUAAACAAUUUGGCAACAAGCCGAGUCACACCCCAGAAGAUCUUCAGGGCAUGGCGACAGCAAGCCCAAUCAGGCCGCUUUAAACGGAGCCCAUGGAGGCAUGGGCUUCCAUCCCGAAACGAUGAAGUCGGUGAUGCCACAGAGACACAUGGAAGACACGCAUAUCGAAGAUGUUAUCAUGAAUUUCGGUCACAGUUUCAAACCAGUUAACAUAGAUCGACUGCUUUUUGCAUCUCCCUGAGUGUGUCUGAGGCGCAUCUCAGAGUGGAUCCGGUGUUGCUUCUUCGCACCGCGCAAACAGGAACUUGACUGAGGUGUGCAGGCGAGGCAUUUGCUGAAGCUUAGACCCUCAUUGCCCAGUGUGGCGGGCACUUUGGCCGUUUCACAUCGAAUAGCGGCCUCCAAC